AUGAACGAUUAUUUAUUAGCCCAUCAAUUGGUUAGUUUAACAGGCAUUAGUUUUCAACGAAAAAAUAUAUUGGGAAUGGUAGAGCUAACAAUUAUACCAUUGAAAAAUAAUCUUCAAUUUAUAAAACUAAAUGCAAAACAAUGUCGGAUAUAUCGCGUAACUGUUAAUGAAAAUAUUGAAGUUCCUUUUCAAUAUUUUGAUCCAUUUGUUGACAUUACUCAAAAUAAAGAUGAAGAACCUACAUUAACCGCAUUUUCUGCGUCUCAUUUAAAUGCUGCUCAGAUAACUGAACCUGAUAACAAUAAUGGGGAAUUAGUUAUAAGUCUACCUGCAGAAGUUACAACAUCUGUGAGUGAUGGAACAAGUAUUAAAGUAAGUGUAGAAUAUUCUUUGGAGCAGCCUAGUGGAGGUGUCCAUUUUGUUAUUCCAGAAGGAGAUGGAUCUUUAGUUGAGAGACGAGCUCAUAUGUUUACAAUGUGUUUUGAAAACUCAUCUCGACUAUGGUUUCCUUGUGUCGAUAGUUAUGCCGAACCGUGUACAUGGGAUUUAGAAUUUACAGUUGAUGAAAAUAUGACGGCAGUAUCUUGUGGAGAUUUAAUUGAAGUUGUUGCAGCUCCUGAUUUAAGGCGUAAAACAUAUUAUUAUAGUUUAUCAAUGCCCACUUGUGCACCAAAUAUAGCCUUAGCAGUGGGACCUUUUGAAAUUUAUGUUGACCCAACCAUGCAUAUUAUAACUCACUUCUGUUUGCCGGGACUUUCUGAACUUCUACCUACCGCUGCAAAGUACACCCAUGAAGCAUUAGAAUUUUAUGAAGAUACGUUAUCUAACGGUUAUCCUUAUAGUUGUUAUAAACAAGUAUUUGUUGAUGAAACUCCUACAGAUUAUGCAUCGUAUGCAUCAAUGGGCAUCAUGAGUGUUAAUCUUCUACAUCCAAAACAAAUUAUUGAUCAAGUAUAUAUUUCUAAAAAAAUCUUGGCACAAGUUAUGGCAGAGCAAUUUUUCGGUUGUUUUAUUUCUACUCAAAAUUGGUCAGAUUGGUGGCUAACGUGCGGUAUAGCAUUAUACAUGUCUGGUCUUUUUGCAAAAAAAUGUUUUGGCAAUAAUUCUUAUCGUGAAUGGAUUCACAACGAAUUAACAAGUUUGGUACGAUAUGAAGAAGAAAUAGGACCUAUAGUAUUAGAUCCAACCCAACAACCUGCUCCAACAAGUAGUGGUCUCGUCAGUCCAGGAGGAACUUCUAAUCCUGGAUUUUCAUUAUCUUUCAAUAAUGUGCAAAAUACUAAUGAAACCUCAAAUUUUUAUUUCUCUACGCGUAGCUUACAUACAAUAUCACCUCGUUAUUUUCAUUACAUGACUAAAAAGGCACAUCUUGUAUUAAGAAUGUUAGAAAAUCGAAUUGGCUAUUCAUUAUUGUUGCAGGUUUUGAACAAGCAUUUAUCUUUAGCAAGCAAUGCAUCUCAAAAUCCAAUGAACUCAGGUUUAUGGGGUCACAUGUUAAUCAGUACAAAUAUAUUUAACAAGACUAUUUUUACUGUAUCAGGCAUAGAUAUGUCUGUAUUUAUUGAUCAAUGGGUUAGAACUGGUGGUCACGCUAAAUUUACUUGUACCUUUGUGUUCAAUAGAAAAAGGAAUACAUUGGAAUUAGAAAUUAAACAAGAUGCUGUUUGUCAACGAGGCAUUCGUAAAUAUGUUGGCCCAUUAUUAGUUAGCAUUCAAGAAUUGGAUGGUCCAUUUAAACAUACUUUGCAAGUUGAAGGUAAUGUAGCUCGAGCAGAUAUUACCUGUCAUUCAAAAAGUAGACGUAAUAAGAAAAAGAAAAUUCCUUUGUGUACGGGGGAUGAAGUAGAUAUUGAUUUAAAUGCUAUGGAUAAUGACUCACCAGUAUUAUGGAUUCGAUUAGAUCCUGAGAUGACUAUUUUACGUAGUUGUAUUAUUGAACAACCUGAGUACCAGUGGAAUUACCAAUUGCGACAUGAAAAAGAUGUAACUGCCCAAAUGGAAGCAGUGGUAGCUCUUGAUAAAUUUCCUACAAUUGCUACACGUAAUGCUUUAUGUGAUAUUAUUGAAAAUGAACAAGUGUAUAUUCAUGUGCGGUGUAAAGCUGCUCACUGUUUAACUAAAUUGCAAAUGCAAUGGUCACUAAUUGGACUGGACCUCCAGCAAUGUUAG